AGAAAAGAAAGAGGAACUGGCCAAGAAAGCGGAGGAAACCGCCCCUUUUGCGGGGGCUAUAACGUUUGGGGCCAUGUCUGGGUUCUGCUCAGGGUAUGCUCUAGCCAAGGCUGGCAAGGGUGUGGCGGCUUUUGCUGGGUUUGUGUUUAUGGGCAUGCAGGCUGCCAGUUACAAUGACUUGCUGACUGUCAACUGGACCAAGGUAUGGUUUUAG